GCUUGCUCCAUCGGCCCGGAUCCCGGGAGCGCGCAGGAGCCGGAAAGCCGCCUGCGCAGGGUCUUCCUUCGCUGAGCCAAUGACGUCGCAGUUUCCAGUGAAGAAGAAGAAGAAGCAGCGCUUGCAGCUGCCCGGCCCUGCAGCUCGCCUGGCGCAUCCUGUGCGCUUCCCCAAAGUGGUGCUGUGCCUGGUGGAGAAGAGGAUGGGAGCCACACGCAAGGCUUUCCUUACCACUCUGGCCCGCCAAAGGGGUUUCUGCGUGGAGGAUGCCAACAGUGACAGAGUUACCCACGUGGUGUCGGAGGGCAACUCUGGAGAUGAGGUGGUUGAGUGGCUGCUGAAGAACGGGAGACACGGCAUCGAUGUUUUGGGUUGCUGCCCGGCGCUGCUGAACAUCAGCUGGUUCACAGAGAGCAUGGGUGCUGGGCGGCCUGCAGAGAUUGAACCCAGGCACUGUCUCCAGGUGGCUGCCCAGGCAGAGACGCUGGAGGCCAGGUGCCAGGUGCCAGUGUAUGCUUGCCAGCGCCGAACUCUGCUCAUGCACAGGAAUCAGACACUCACGGAAGUUCUGCAAACGAUGGCAGAGGAGGCACACUUUUGUGGCAGUGAAGCCCGCAGCCUGGCCUUCUCCAGGGCUGCCUCUGUCCUCAAGUCCUUACCCUGGACAGUCAGAAGCGUGCAGGACCUGCGUUCCCUUCCCUGCAUAGGAGAGCACUCCAAGAGAAUCAUUCAGGAGGUGCUGGAAGACGGAGCAUCGGCAGAGGUGGAGCAAGUCAAGCAUUCCGAGAGAUACCAGGCAAUGAAGGUUUUCACAAAGAUCUUUGGGGUUGGGGUGAAGACGGCCAGCCGGUGGUAUCAGGAAGGACUGAGGACGCUGGCCGAUCUGCAGGUGCAUCGAGCAAAGCUGAGCAAGGUGCAGGAAGUUGGGCUCCUUCAUUACGACGACCUCAACACCCCAGUGGAGCGCUCUGACGCAGACGCCAUUAGCCAGGUGGUGCGAGGCGCAGUGGGGCAGUGCUUGCCUGGAGCUUCUGUGACGUUGGCUGGUGGCUUUAGAAGAGGGAAACAAACCGGCCACGAUGUUGACUUGCUUCUCACACACCCCACGGAAGGCCAAGAAGUGGGACUGCUAAAGAAAGUCAUCAGCUGUCUGGAGAAGCAGGGCUUCUUGCUCUAUCACAGCAGCCGGAGAAGCACUUUCCAGUCUCUCGAAGACCUGGAGCUGUGGAGUGGCAGCACUGCAAGUACAAUGGACCAUUUUGAGCGAUGUCUCUCCAUUUUCUGCCUUCACCUUCCUGGGGGUGUUCAGAUAGGUGCCGGGGCUCAGAAGCCUGGUGGUGCAGUGACAGGUUCUGGAGUGUCCAGUUUCUGGAAAGCUGUGAGGGUGGACUUGGUUGUGACUCCCUUCAGUCAGUUUCCAUUUGCUUUGCUUGGCUGGACAGGCUCAAAGAAUUUUGAGCGCGACCUCAGGCGCUACUCCAAGCACGAGAAGAAGAUGGCUCUCAGCAAUCAUGGCCUUUAUCACCUGGAGCAGAAAACAUUUUUGACUGCUGCCUCUGAAGAAGAAAUUUUCCAGCAUUUAGACUUGGAGUAUGUACCCCCAGAAGAGAGAAACUCCUGAUUUCUGCCAUGCAAAUCACCUACUUCAUCUCACAGAAAUCACUGGCUCAUCCAAGUGAAAUGGGAACACAUUGCAGCACCUUGGAAUUGCCUGGCACUCUUUCUGUUGGAACAGGGAGAGCCUCUUGCCUUUUUACACUGAUUUCAGAAAUAGGCCUGUUAGAUCAGAAACCUCGGUGGGUGGGUGGGUUGUCCUAUUCU